AUGAAGUACGAUGAAUCCAUCAAGAAGCAAAUUGUUGAGCUGCCGAAGCGAAUGCGCCGUGAACGGCUUGGGAGUUCGAAUCAACAUAUGUGCAACCUGCACUAUGGUGUUAAUGCGGAUGUUGUGUGCGACGUGAUGGAACUGAUCAUAAGAGAGGUUGAAUAUCAUACGCGUUGGUUCAAGAUGUUCCCUCACUUGACCAAGCCACUUGAUCAACUUAUCUUGAGCAAGAUGGGUGCCAUUAGCGGCAUGUGGAUGAAGCGGCCUAACAUGCCUAUCAACCCUGAUCUCUGGCCCUACCAAGAGAACAAAUGCUAUGCCUGCAUGGUGGCUCGUGUGGCGAGUGAUCAGAAUGCAUUGCGCAACCUGCGUGUGUCUUUGCUCUCUCGAACUCCAACCCGCAAGCAUCACCAGCCGUGCAGACUUAUGAAAUUUGUGGAUAUGAGCAUUGACCAAUUCCCCAAGCAUAUUGAUGAGCUAUAUGGCACAUCUAGCCAGUUUGCAUACAUCUUGAAAGAUACUCGCAAGAAGUGCAUCAAGGCCUGGUACAACGAUCCUGCCAACAAAGGCAAGAGAAACAGACGACACAGGCACGGAUGUGGUCACACCAAGAGGCCGGGUAGCAAGUAUGAUCCAAGGAAGAACCGUGCACAAGCACCGCCAGAAAUUGUAUCGCGUCACCUUUCUCAGCAGUCCGAGUCAGGAGGACCGCCGUCAUGGAUUCUCCGGGCUGCAUCAGUUCAUGCAAAGCACAGCAUGCACCGAGAAAGCUUGAUCCGGGUAAAUGAUACCGGUUCUCCCCGUCGGAGGCAAGACUCUUUUGUUCCCAGGCAAGACUCACGCUCGCACCAUGGCACUAAAAGCACAGAGGUGGACCAUAAUAGUUCUCGAUCUCAAGGGCAUAGCAUCAAGGGACGUACGCAUAGCAAGAGGGAGCACCGCCGAAAUCGUGAGCCCUCCCCACCACCGAGCUCUGCCAUUGGACCUCCCGAUGAAGUAGAUAAGCUCAUUGAUAUGUAUCGAAACAUGGCAAUGAAUCCUUACGAAAGAAGGGCGGAGCCUAUGGAAACAAAACGAGAUGACCCUCAAGCUUUCAGUUCGGUUGAAGUGCCACUGACUCAUCGCUACACCGCAUCGGAGUAUACUCCCUCCUUGUAUUCUGUUGAAAGCGAGUGGAUUGACGAGGAGGCUGUGGACUGGAACGCGCAUGAAAGACAUAUGUCAAAGGCCCAGUCAGAGGCAAUGACGGUUUGGUCCAUGAUAUACGACGAGGCGAAUGGGAGAUGA